GGCUAACAGUUUAGUCAAGAUUUAGUAACGGAAAUAACGAUAUUAUCGAUGAGGUUAUUCAAUUAUAACAGCAUCGUAUUGAAGAAAAUACAGUUAAAAGAGAUUCAGAAGAAUUGGAAAGUAAUGAGUCAACAAUUUUCUAUCUAAAUGCAUGUGUACAUGGUUCUGGCAGACAGCCUGUCAGACUAAUUCGCAGUUAUCGAUUCCACGCAUACGUGGAAACGCACCUUGUGUGUUACAUUCGUAGGAUGGGUGGACCGUAUCUUACACGCCACUUCACCGAAAUAUAUUAGAAGAAAUUUUCACUGGAACCAGAAUUCUUUGGUCGCAGCGUUUGUAGAAUCACAAAUGAAUUCUUCGAGACAGGUGCACCGGGAGGAGCCAUUUUGUAUGGAGCCGAAAAUUCGUCGCAGACCAUUUCGAUAUAAAAGGAUUUUUGCAUCGCGUGCCAACCGGGAUGAAAGCAGCAAAAACUGCGGGUGAGUCUUUAUGGGUCGCGGUUCAACUUUACGAAUUACGGAUGCGCCGCAGCAAUAACCUUUUGUAACGCGGUCCCAUCCAACUAUUAUAUAUUGGCCAACUCGUUCGUGGUAAAGGGGAAUUGCACAUCUCAUCAAUUUAAUGCAGAUGGUAGGAAUAAUUGAAAAAUUGUCAUCGAGAUGGAAGUUGGGUAUUUUACAAACGCCAAUUUAAGUAUAAGUUUCUUAAUCGAUGGAGGCUAUUAGUUACCGCGAUCGAUCCGUGUCAUACGAUACCACCGUUCACGGGACACCAUUCAUGCAGCGGACUGUAAAAAGAGAAUACGUAUCCGUUCAUCCACGAAGAAAACUCGCCCCGGUGGGACGCGUAGGAACGGCCAGCCUACUAUAGGGUAAAACACGAGCAACGAGGACAGAGAUAGAUAAGAGAGAGAGGGAUGUAUAGACAGAAGGGGAUGGUCGGAAUAGGAAGAAAGAGGGAGAGGGUGGUAACGAAAGAAGGAAAGAUAGAGAGGGGAGUAUAGCGUUGGUUCGUUGAUGGCACAGGUCGGGCAAAGGGGGUGGUUUCGAGACGUCGCGUUGCGGGGCAUCGAUUUCGGGCCAGGCCGAUGGCAUCGGUGGGGUAUCGAGGGGCGUCCCCGACGUUCUGCCGAAGCACGUCGCGGCGCUGCUGCUGCUGGCAGAACGACGAUAGACCGUUCCUCGAAAGCAAACGAUCCUAGAGGUUGUCUAGCUGUAGGCAAAGCCGCUUUUCAACUCGUCCUCUCUUUUGAAAGAGCGACAACGAGCGUAAAUAGGACUAGCCAAGCGAUAACAGGCUGCGCGCGAAUCGUGCGUGUGCGAAGAGUGUUGCGAGCUUGACACCGAAGCUAGCCGAACAACACCGGUCGCUAGCAGUCGCGCGACGAGCGAGCACCUCGUCGUACGUAACAGAGCCGCUCUUCACUGGCUGACCAACACGCCGGCGUGUACGCACGCAUCCACCAACGAACGCGACACGCGUUAAGCGGAGACCCGGUCCGAGCUUGGGGAGUCAGUACACGUCGAAGAGUCCACGAGGACGGAUCCAACCGGUUCAAUUCGAUCCCCUUAGUAAACAGACAGGCGUUAGAGUCGUGUACAGAGUUGUUACCCGGGGACGAGAACGAAAAGGGGGAUAAAGGAGACGGAAAGGACACUAUUUUUGUUGGGGGAGAAUAUUUUGUACGUUGAGAUUAGGUGCAAGCACGAAUGCGAGGUGCAGGCGGAUGCGCCGGUGCACCACCAGCUGCAGCUGCCAGUGCUUCUACUACCGCCACUGAUACCAGCACCGUCGGUGCUGCUACUGCCACCGCCACCGCCGUCACCGCCGUCACCGCCGCCGUCGACGCCGCCGUCGUCGUCGCUGGUGCUGCUACCGUUGGCAGAGGUUCGCAGAGCUGUCCACCUCGUGGCAGUCGACACUUCCUACCGGACGGUGGUAGUGUCCAGGCGCGCUGGACACACGACGAGUUGCAGCCGGUCGCCGCUGCUGCUGCCGUUGUUCAUCGAGCAUAAAGAUUAAAAGAGGUACGAGCAGUCGGGCAAGAAAGAGAAGGAGAAGAAAGAAGAAGGUGUGACACACGGUGGUGAGAGCGGUAGUGAGAGACGAGAGAACCGGACGUGUCGUCGCUUUCUUCGAUCAAACGGGAGCGAUUCGUGAGGACCGGGUAGAAAACAAAAAGGGGUUAAAAGAGAGGAGAGGAAGAAAAGAAAAAAAAAGGAGUGCGACGAACCCCUGGUCCCCCUGACACGCACGGGGAACACACACUCGUACACGUAGCGACGCGACGCGACGCGUCGCCGGUAAUAUAGCGUGUACGCUAUUCGUUUAAAGGGUUUCUUCCCUCCGACGAGGCGGCGUAGGAGUGCCGUAAGCGCACGCGGUGGUUCCUCUUCAAAGUCGAGUUGCCCGUCGGGGUGAGAGGAUACGUAUCGGUGUCUGCUGUCUGUCGGCGAGUUCUACUCGCGGUUUCCACCAACGCACACGCGGCGAAAACAAACUCCGUCGUAUGUUGUCGUCGUCCUUGGUGCAUUUUCGCCGCGACGGAAAGAUGAAGCAAAGGGGAGAGAAGGAAAAUAUCGGAAACAAGCGGUUGUUUCUAGAGUAACCCGUCGCUCUGAGAGUACGCCGUCCGCGUAGCUAAAUCUUGACGGUACUUUGAAAGAUCGCGCGUGAUUAAACGAUCCCGGUGCAUAGGCGAGGAAUCGACGCGGACCACCUCGCUGCAUAACUAUUCUUUAAACUUGAUGUUACACCGUCGUUAUUCGAACCGUUUUAUCACGAACGAACGGAACAGUGUCCCGUACGAACAAGAUCGAAUGCAACCGUACCUCCAAUCGACGAUUGGAGGUGAGAAGAUAGAUCGUCUGAAAGAGGGAAGAAUUGGUCGUUGGUGGUUGGUGCUGAGUGUUCUGGUGGUAACGACUUAGAUUCUUAGCCGGGUCGUGGUGAUGCCUUGCUGCAGCGGCUGUCCUUCGUUGCUCUGUGUCGUCGUGGUGGACGCCGCAGGUGCUUUCGAAGGUACAGUCCCGCCUGCGCAAGGCGGGGCGGUGAGGAUUCGCUGACGAGCGCAGCCCCCGGUGGCACGGCAGUGGUCGCCCCUGCAGGCCAUGUAUUACGGUUCGGUAAUCGACCGUACCGGCAGUAGCUGCAGUCCCAGCGACCUUCAGCAGCCGCGAUCACCACGACGACGCGCUGCUACUACGACGUCCGGCGUCCCGAAGGACGUCGACGCCGAUCAGGAACUGCUGUUCCAGCGGGAAGAACCGGCUUACGUGGUACUCGAUGUUCAGCCAAGGCCAGGUUGCGCCGCCGCCUCCUGUCACGCGGGUCAAAGGCCAGCCAGAAGACGAACAGGCGGAAAUGCGAUUAGGAUAUUCCUGCUUGCCGCUCUCGCAGCCUUCCUUGCAAUUGCUGUUUCUCCCGUGUCUGGCACGGCAAACAAGAAAGCGGAAGCGGCGCCGGAGGUGGGGGCCAAUGUUGGCGUCACAAAAGAGACUUCCGGUGUCCCGGCCACGAGGCCCAGAACUGGCAGCGAUCCUGGAGGAGGUAUAGACCUGUUGGCAGCGUUACAGCUGCACAAUACAACCCGACAGGGUGUUACAAAGGUGCCAGGCCUAGUUAGGUUAAAGUCAGCCUAUUAUCUUCAGGGCGAGGAGAGGGAGCUGCGACUGAACGAGGCGAGCUUCGAACGUGCGGCCACGCUACUCCGGCGGGUUCCGGAAUUCACUAUAGCAGCCGCUUUGCGACAAGAGGAGGCCAAUUCCGGGACGAUCGUCGCCUUUUCGCAUGGAAACAAUAGAUAUUUGGAGCUGCAGAGCAGCGGCCGUAAGAACGAGCUUCGACUUUAUUACAUAUCCCGUCGCGACGGGGCUGUACACGAGGAGGCGUUUCCUUUCCGACUGGCCGACGGGGCCUGGCACAGGGUCGCCCUAAGUGUAAGCGGCUCGCAGGUCGAGCUGCUCGUCGACUGUCAUCCAUUGUACAGGCGGUUGCUCAGGCCUGGACCACCUGACACAAAUUUCACUCUGCCUCAACUUCAGCUCUGGGUAGGACAGAGAAACGUCAAGCACUUUUUCUUCAAGGGUGCUCUACAGGAUGUGAGGUUGAUACCCGGCCCCCAUGGCUAUCUUUCACAGUGUCCCCAACUCGAUUCGUCCUGUCCCACCUGCGGUCAAUUUUCUAUACUGCAAAACACGGUCGAGCAGCUGAUGCAUAAUCUGAACGAACUAUCGCGUAGACUAGCCGCUGCAGAGGGCAGAAUAAGCAAAGUGGAGGAGUGCGAGUGCCAAAAAUCGUGCAGGGCAAACGGCACGGUACACGAGGACGGCGCCACAUGGGAAAAGGGUUGCCAACAGUGUUCCUGUGUCCAUGGUGAAAUCGAGUGCCGACCAACGCCCUGUGCUGCUGUCACUUGCAAGAAUCCCGUCAUUCCUCAAGGACAGUGCUGUCCGAUCUGUUUGAAACAAUGUUACUUGCAUGGCGUGAUUUACGAUCACGGCGAGAAAGUCUCGCCGAAACAGUGCGUCGAGUGCGACUGUUUCGACGGAAGUUUCACUUGCCAGAGAUUUGACACGGAAACCAGAUGUCCGCCAUUGCCUUGUCCUCCUAGCGAACAGAUCAGCGUAGCCGAGGAAUGCUGCAAAUUUUGCCCAGGGGUGGACUACUGCGCGAAGGGCCACAAGUGUCACGCUAAUGCAUCCUGCCUGAACCUGCAGACAACGUACGCCUGCCACUGCGAUAUUGGUUUCCAAGGGGACGGUCAUAACUGUCACGACAUAGACGAGUGUAAACAACAAGGUGGCUCGGAAGGUCAUCACUGCAACGCUAAUACAAAAUGCGUGAACGUGAUCGGCUCGUACACGUGCGAGUGUCUUCCGGGCUACCAUAGAGUGGACAAAUUCAACUGCGCCGAACUCGACGAGUGUGCGACUGGUCACCACGCGUGCGACCAACACGCGACCUGUGUGAACACCGCGGGCAGUUACUAUUGCAUCUGCAAGGAUGGCUACACUGGCGAUGGCUACACCUGCAAACCGGUCUGCAAUCAGACCUGUCAGAACGGUGGCGAAUGCGUGGCGCCAGGAAAAUGUUCCUGUCGCCGCGGUUACAUAGGCAACAGUUGCGAGCUCGAUCUGGACGAGUGCGCUAGCGAUCUUCAUCGUUGUCAUCAGUCGUCAACUUGUUUCAAUAUGCCUGGAUGGUAUUAUUGCCGCUGCAAACCCGGUUACAGAAGCGCCCUUCACGACAGCACCCAAGGCACCCAGUGUCUCGAUAUCGACGAGUGUAACGAUCAGACGAUCGAGAGGAGGCACACGUGUCACCCUAGCGCUAAGUGCGUCAACACCGAGGGUGGAUACGAGUGCGUAUGCCCGCCUCAGGAGGACAAUCACACCGCGGAAGAGUGUAGAUUGAGUUGUUGGUUCGAAAAUCAAGAGGUUAAAAACGGAGAGACUCUGGCACCAGCCGGUAAUCCUUGCAGAAGAUGUACUUGCAAGGACGGGGUCAUCACCUGUAGGGAUCCCGUUUGCGACUGCAGCGCCCCUGGAAGUCACAGGGACAAAUGCUGUCCUCAGUGCGAUCCUGCAGCCUCUUGCAGGCAUCAGGAGCUUCAUCACCUAGUCUUCAGGAGCGGUGAACGAUGGAUAUACCAGUGUCAGACUUGCGAAUGCCUGUACGGUGAAAUAGACUGCUGGCAGAUGGAAUGUCCACCAGUUAGCUGUUCGAAUCCCGUUACGGAGGACGGGGACUGUUGUCCGCGUUGCGAGGACGAUCCAUGCGCGAGAGAACUACCCGGAAAUGGUACUUCUCUCUCGUUGUUGACACGGCCAAGGCCUUGCAGUUACUCCGGCAUCAUUCAUGACAGUGGCAGCUCCUGGCAGGAUCCCCAUGACAAGUGCACCACGUGCGAGUGCAAGGUGCCGUACUGCGCCCAAUUGGUGAGCAAUAGCGCGUGUUGUGUGCAUCGGACGGGCAGCUAUGCUGCAGCUACGAUUACGGCUGCGCUGGCGAUUUGGGCAGCAACGAGCAGCAACGUCCUCCAGUCGUUGUUCCUGAGCCUUACGUACGCGGCCUAUCGAGCGCUGCGGGGUCACCGAUGGCUGACGGUGCACCGGAAGCAGCUCUAUCAGCGGUUACAACUACCAGCUCAGCUGGUGCAACGGUCACCAGCACCGCCUACCCCCUGUCAUCCUCGUCUUCUUCCUCGUCCACCAACACCAGAAGCGGGUCCAACGUGGCCAGGAAAGCACAACGGAGCCUGCAAAAAUCCCAGCAGCCAGUACAACGACAGAGGGACGACCUCCGUGUCGGAAUGCAACUACAACAAGCUGUGCCUACAGACAGGUACCAGCUGCCCUCUGGAGCAGCGACGGCGUCGUCGUCGACGUACGAGCGCGUUGCACCCACGUCGACGUCGUCGCCGACGACGGGCAAAACUCCGGGCAAGUCUCAACCGCCUACGCUUACACCACGACGACAGCGCCCUAAAGCGGCGGGCAACCUCACCAACCAUCGAGGCAACGCAUCCUUCUCCUCUCCUCCCUCAUCCUCAUCCUCAUCCUCCUCCUCCUCCUCGGCGUCUUCGUCGCCACUUACCAUGCUGGUGCCCUCUGGGGCGGACCCAGACUCGGAAGACACUGUCUCUGUCAGCAGCACCACCAGCAACAGCGACAAAGUGGUCGGGACCGACGGAUACCGUCAGUCGUCGAACAAUCGUCAUCGGAGGAGCGACGACAACGACUCGAUGGCGCGGGGCAGCGCUACCUGAGCCCGUUGCUUCCGUGGAGAGCUAGAAGAGACAGAAAUUCUGCAUUGGCAAGGCAUUCCAGAGGGUGUAGCACGAAGACUGGCCCACGGGCCGGCGUAGUAGCCUGAGCGGACAGGCGUUGUUCUCUAUGGUCACCCUUAGGGGGUGUCGCCUAGGGAGUCGAGUGCUGAGAAGAGAAACGCGAGCAGGACCGAAAAGAGGAGCCUACCGGUUGACGAUCAACCCGUUUGUCGAAUCGUCGCGCUUUUCGUCGUCCGUGGUCUGUGCUAACCGACUGAAGCAAGGACACGUGUGUAUUUGAAAUGAUUUCGAGUCGGAUUCUAACCUCUAGUCCGCCUACCGGAUAGCCAGAGGGCUUCGAGGCUGGUGUUCAGCGAGAUAGAUCUACCGACUGGCCUCGUGUAUCGUCGGUGAACGUAGCGGAGAGUUUAGGGUGUGCCAAAUACGAGCCUGCCAACGCCGACCAACCGGGGACACCAUCUUGCAGCCACUAUAGACUUGAUCGUUCCGACGAAGAACAACGUCGUUGACGAUUGAUCGUCGAACGAAACGUGUUUUGUCCGCGUGUGGUAAUGGGUCAAGCAUGAGUUAGUCGUAAUCUUGAACGCCAGACUUCCGCUCGGCCAAUAGAAUAAAUCGGAGAAACUGAGCCCAGACGCGCGUCCAAGCGUUCCAAGCUUUCGCGAUCACUUCGCGUACUUUCCAUCGUCGAACUAAAGGUAGCGCACAAUAUUUGGGCCUUAUAAAAUUAUAAAAUUUUUGCCGUGGUCCUUGCCGUCUUUAAUCGGGGGGAGGGGCAGUACCAGUGAAAUCCGUAAUCGUGAACGAUAAUGCCCCUGUUCCAUGAAUGGCGGACCACGCGAGAAACGAUAUAAAUAGAGUAAUUAUCGUAAGGAAUUGAAUAUCCCCAACAUGAAGGACGAAAAUCGUUAUACAUAGAGCUCCGUACUAAAAAUAUAUAUAUAUAUAACUUAUUAUUAUACACGCAAAUAUAUAUAUGUAUAUUAUAUAUGUAUAUAUAUAUAUGAUGUAUAUUCGAUACGGAUCACGCGUGAAAUAUUGACGAGUCAUUUAUUCAGACGAUCUUUAUUAUUAUAUUAUAUUAAAAAGAAAAGUAUCGUUCUAUCGUGGGUGAUCAUAUCUCGCUAACAAUAUAGGUAAACGCGCGAUAAUAACGGGUGGCCGUAACACGGACACGCGGCAUUGUAGCUCUGUGAAAGGAAAAAAAUGAUUAAACGUAAUUAGUGUACGCUUUGGAAGUCGUAACGUUUAAGGAUCGUUAUUUUAGGAUAACGCGGUUAAAUUAUUCUCGUGUGAGGAUUUCGGGAGAAUGAGAAAAGAGAUAUAUGUAUAGGCAGGAUUAAGAAUAGGGAAGUACCAAACGGUUGGUUCAGUUUCUCUGAUUGAAAACGCUGACUGGUUUAUGCUUGAUCCAAAUUUGUAAUCGAAUCAUCGAACGUGCAACCUGUGCCUCCGAGGACAACGAGACCUUUCACUGGCCCUCGGACUCUUCUUGCUUUCGAUGAAAAAACGGACGUAUUUAUCGUUUCAAUUUCGUUGGAACAUUAUUAAAGUUAACAUUAAUUUAAUGACGUCAGAGUCGCGAGACAAGGCGAUGAGAUAAGUGGAAAAUUAUUUCAUUUAUUCAACGAAUAAUUUCGUUCAGUUGAUGUCAGUGAAACGAAUUGUUAAAUAAUCGCUAGCAUGUCCGAACUUUCAUCGGAGCAAUUAAGUCUCCUGUUCAAUUAUUAGUUGUACACCGGACGAUGAACGUGCCGGCUCGCUCGAACGAUUCUUUAUCUCGCUCAACCCAAUGCGACCACUACGACUACAUUCCUCCUUGAUUAACAAUAAGUAGGCACUAAAAAUGAGAGAAACAUAUAAAUAUAUAUAUAUAUAUAUAUAUAUAUAUAAACAAAUGAAACGGUGAAGCACACACGAGUGAAUAUACUUCUGAAAAAAAGAAAACUGAAACGUGGAAAAAGGGACAUAUAUAAUGUGCAUUCGUAAUCGUUUGUUCAAUGUGCAAUAAUUAAACGGUAACGGCUUAAUUUGUAAAGAAAACUCCUAUUAGUCGCGUGGAUACCAGUGCUGCUUCACAUCCGAUGGUGAAUUUCAUUUAACUUGAAGCAACAAUGUUUCUCUUGAGUCUCGUGGCUGUUUUCUUUGUCAAUUAAUUUUCGUCACACUUUACUUCAAUUCUGGAAAUAAUUUCAACUUUAACUUUGACUUAAUUUUGAGAAUUAAUCUCUGUCCUCGAUGUUACUUUUCAUUUUAAUUGAACUUAUCCCAAGUUUAGCCCCUUCGUAGUAGCAACCAGCCACGCGACCCAAGUGUUCAGACAUGGGUGCGAAGUGGCGAUGAUUCUAUACACACGAAUUGUAACUUUUCAUCAUAUUGAGAAUGGAAUUUCACUCCAAGAAUCUUCCCAAAGACAAAACUUUCGAUCAGAAUCUAUAUUCUUCGUGAUGCGAGGCGUCGACAAUGGAUAAAAAAAAAAAAAAA